AUGGCUCAGGGAAUGCACAACGUCGGGAGAGGUCUAUUUGCGUGCGCUACGCCCACCCUCAGUGCAGACAUCCCAAACGUUGAUGCAAGAUGCUCGACCCUACCGUCCAACUACCGUCUAGCCGUCCGAAAGAACUCCGAGCUGAGCGGCGGCGAAGCGGCAGAGUAUGAUGUCAUCAGGCCCUGUUUUGGGGCUUUGCUGCGACCAUUUGUCGCAUCUUAUCUGAUCUUACGAGAUGUGUGCCUGAGCGUGACAAAAUUCGACGCCAACCACGACGACGACGAGCGUACUUUUUUGCGUGGUGCACGACGAAGGGGCAGGAAACCAACAACUUGGGAAUGCCACGAGUUCCCAACUAUCUCAGAGUUGGUUCAGAAAGAAGGCCACAGAAACUCCGUGAUUGAUGGCGACAUAUCUAGUCACGUUUACGUCUCAACUUGA